GUGAUAAGUCAUUCAUUCAAGACAUUCAUUGUCAUUCAAUUCAAGUCAGUGUAACUUGGUCUACUGCCUUGACAGUUUUUGUUUUGUUUUGUGCUUGGGUGAAUAUUUCGAGUUAAAUAGUUCUUCUCAUGCAAAAUGCAUAUAACAUAUCACUUAGAUAGUUUUGUGGUGUUUCCCGACGAAAUUAAUGCAUUUUUGUUUGAAACCAUUUGUUAAUUCAAUUUAUGCGUGUUAAAAUUAGUUAUUUCUAACCAAGAAAAUGGAUGAUAAGAUGAGUUUCAAGGAAGGACUUCGACUACGAGGUAGUCGAGGUAGAUCAUCUAGUGUUCUUCCUAAACAUUACACCUCGAGUAAAGAACUUAACAAAUACAGCUUACCAACCCCAAGUUCCAUCUACAUAACUAUUCUGUGCUUUUUAGUGUUUUUGUAUGCAAUUAUAGUGGAAAUGGAAAAACGUUUACCUGAACCAUUAUUGGUAGAAGAUGAACAUAAUUAUCCUGGCCGUUUUAUUGCUCAAAGGGCAAAAAAUCAUAUUUUGAAUUUAACUAGUCUAGGACCUCGCCCCACGGGUAGUUUUGAGAAUGAAGUGUUAGCAGUGAAUUUCUUUACGAGAGAAAUAAACUCAAUAUUUAACAAGGCCAAUAAGAUUCACAGGAUAUCAACUGACAUUCAAAAAGUGAGUGGAUCUUUUCCAUUAGAUUUUUUGGAUGGAAUGACAAAUGUUUACAGGAACGUGCAAAAUGUUCUGGUUAAAAUAGGACCUCAUAAAGAGUCUCCCCACAGUUUACUUGUCAACUGCCACUUCGACACUGUUGCAGAUAGUCCAGGAGGCAGUGAUGAUGGAGCUAGUUGUGCUGUGAUGUUAGAGCUGCUGCGCGUUAUAUCACGUUCGGACUCACCCCUCAAUCACAAUGUUAUCUUCCUGUUCAAUGGAGCCGAGGAGAACCUGAUGCAGGCAUCACAUGGAUUUGUGACGAGACACCGGUGGGCACGAGAGGUCCGAGCGUUUGUUAACCUAGAAGCGUGCGGUGCAGGAGGCCGAGAACUUCUCUUCCAGGCAGGACCUGAACACCCUUGGUUAAUGGAGGCUUAUGCCUCAUCAGUGCCUUAUCCUCUGGCCUCGUCCCUUGCCCAGGAAAUCUUUCAAAGUGGGAUUAUACCGGGAGAAACGGACUUCCGGAUAUUUAGGGACUUUGGUCACAUCAGUGGGUUAGACUUUGCCUGGUCAUCGAACGGAUAUGUGUACCACACAAAACUGGAUAAUGCCGCACAGAUCCCAUUGGGCACAUUGCAACGCACCGGGGACAACAUCCUGCCACUGGUCCUGAGGCUGGUGGCGGCGCCAGAAAUGGGCAAUGUCUCAGCCCACCGUGCUGGAAACCUGGUGUUCUUUGACUUUCUGGGUGCCUUCAUCGUGACGUGGUCUGAGCCCAUGGCUGCCUUUGUGAACAUAGCUGUGGUUAUUGUGUCCAUCUAUGUUGUCCGCUGGAACAUGAAAGAUACCAACAGACAAGGUAUUCUAAGACGGGAUUAUUUGAGACAACUGUUGUUCUGUGGACUGGUGAUUUUGGGCUGGUGGCUGUUGUCUCUGGCGUGCACGGCUGCCAUCGCUACCACUCUCACUCUUCUAAACAGGGCCAUGAGCUGGUUCUCCCGCCCCGUGUGGAUACUGUUCCUCUACAUCAUACCCAGUCUGCUUGUGUCCCUGGCCACCGUGCUGCUGGCAGCCAAACGCCUAAAGAAAGUGGUACGUUCACCAUGGUUACAGUUCCGGCUGUUUUGGGAUGCUCACCAGCUGAUCUUCACCCUGUUUUUGUUCAUUGCCAUUGUCACUGGCAUCCGCUCUGGCUUUGUCUGUGCACUCUGGGUGGCCUUCGCUUGCACAGCCAAUGUCCUCACGCAGCGUACACUAGCCAAGUACAGAGAUUGGCGUUGGAUAUUCAUCCCUGUUGGUGUGAUGCUGCUCCCGUACAUCCAGAAUGGCUACACAGUGAACGGGGCUCUGCUACUGGUGGUCCCUAUCAUGGGACGCAGUGGGUCCGGCAAUCACGCGGAGUUGGUGCUGUCUCUCAUCGCCACCACCAUGUUCGUCCUACUGCUCACCUACAUUGUUCCCAUGAUCCUAUUGGUCAGAAAUCCUCAGCGAGUAAUCAGUCUGCUCUCUGCCAUCGUGUUUGUGGCACUACUUACCCUGGUGCUCACUCCCCUGGGGUUCCCUUACUCUAGCGAUCCUCAGAAUCCUACGCCUCAGCGCUUCACAAUCAUUCAUACUGACCGAAUGCACCAUGACGAGAAUGGUGCUGUGAGAGAGCACAAGACUGGCUUCUGGGUGGUGGACAUGGAUGUGAACAGUCCUAGGUCGGUGAUGACGUUAGUGCCGGAAAUGGCUCAGGCCAGUCUGAUAGACGAGGAGUGCAGGACAGAACUGUACUGUGGUCUGCCGUACCUCAUCCCUGUGUUCUCUAUAGUUUGGCAGACCCACUGGAUACCCGGCCCUCAGCCCAAUGUUGCCAUAAAGACAGAGUUGACCUUGACACAACGAGAGCUGAGGCCCGACAAUACUAUCAGGCUCAAAUUCAGUGUUGUGGGGCCUGACCAUAUGAGUCUCAUCCUCAGCCCAAAGACAGGUGUUCGUCUCUCUGGUUGGAGUGUGGACUCUGGAGAACCUCUCCAGGGUAUUACGUUCAAUGGCAGGCCUACCUACUUCAUCUACUACUCGUAUGCCUCAGACCCUGAGCCUUGGAACUUCUGGGUUGACUUCCAGGUGGAAGGCAGUGGCAACGAUAGUGGCAGUGGCAAUGUAGUGGACAUUGGGCUUAGUGGUCACUUCCUGCAUGGGGCCCACCAGCGCUCUGUACCACUACAACGGUUGCUAUCUAAGUUUCCCCCUUGGACUGUUACAACUGGCUGGACAGCUGCCUACAAGAGCUACAUCUUCUGACACCUUCUGGCAACUCUUCUAGUUCACAUGAAACCGGUGCAGCUAGUGUUGGCACAGUCAUAACUUCCUGAUUCUCCUUUGUGGCACAUCGUCACAGAACUGCACAUUUGAGAAGACUUCAGCAUUCAACAAUGUUACCAAUCAACUUAAACCAAUUUGUGAAGUAAUGUUUCAAAUGUAAAUAGUUUGUAAUUGUCUAGGCUAUUUUUUUCAGUGAAUCAAGCUUUUAAUUCUAGACAGAGAUUAUUGGAUUAUUGAAUGUAUUUGCAUUUUUCUGGACAUUAACAUAAUGCAACACUUUCAAUUUUAAUUUUUUGAUAUUUUCAAAUAUAAUUGUUUAUCUAUACUUUGUGUAUUUCCAAUACACAUUUUAAAUAUUGGAAAAGUUUAAUGUAAACAAAUGUAAUUGUUUGUUUUCUUGUUAAACCAUUGUACCAGUUUCAAUGUUAUGUUGUCCAGGUUUUUUAUAAUAAUGAUAUUAUUUAAUGGCAAGAUAGUUAAUCUAUCUUUCUAUAACUAUCUCUAUGAAUUCAUGAUCAAAACAUUAAAAGUGUCAAUAAUCUGAACAGAAGAGAAUUGUGCCACAUUAAAAAAAAAUGUUCUAUAUUCAAAUCAAUAAAGGCCUAUUCAGAAUUUAGCUCUUUACUGAUUAGUCCAGUCCAUCACGAUCUGCGCUAUUCAACUGUGCCCGUUGAUCUGCACUGUCAACUCGGGUCACAGACAUCUUUUCCAGCAUUAGUCUGUUUUAAAAGAUGACUGUCGACAAUGCUUCUAACAUAUCUGUCUCUUGAUUUCCAUCCUUGGUCAUGUCAACCAAGGCUCUUUUCCUAUUAGCUCCUAAUGCUCUAUCUAUUUCAUCCUUCUCUCUUAUUUUUGUGCAUGGUGAGACUUCUCUUUUCUUUCUCUUGCUUGAAUUUUCUGCGUGUGUGCUUGGUUCAAAAGGUUAUACUUAAACAUCUCCAAAUUAGUGAAGAUUUAAUUUAAUGUACUUGCAAAUUGUUUGCUUUGGUUUCCUUCUUCACAGCCAACUGUCACAGUAACAAUAUCUUGAACAAUUCCUUUGUGAUCAAGAAAAAUCACAGAUAUUUCAGCCUUUAUAGCAAUCUCUUUAUUUUAAUCGUGUUUUUAGCCAAAAUCAUGAAUGCAGGCUCUUUAGAGAAGCAGAAGAAUCAUUGAAUCACUUAAAGCUGGAAUGUCUUGGUCUUUGUUCAACAAAGAAAGAGUGCCUCAUCAAAAAACAAUAACUGACAAAUCUCAUUUGUUUUUGCAGAAGCCUCAGAUUUGAAGGCUGCACAGAACAAAGGGUUAACACCGGAUCUUUGCCCCAUAUGCUCAUUUGCAUUCUGCAAUUUUUGUGUUUAACUUAUUUUUGGUACUUUGUGUUUUUAUCUUUACUAGCAGUUGCGGAUUGAGAAAAUAUACAGCACAGAUUAGAGAAGCCCCGUUCUGUCAAAAUUAAACUAAAAAAUGAGUUUUAUAUCAGUCUUUAAAUUUAUAGGAAAGUUAGAUAGUAAAAUUGUCUUUCAGAUCUAAUACUUAGUAUUUGAUAAAAAUGUUAUCAAUGGCAUAACGCAUUUGUUUAUUUAUAAACUGAAAUUUUUUAAAUAAUUUAGUACAUUUAGAGCUGGUACAUUAGUUCAAAAGCACAGUCCAGCAAACUUUCAUUUAACACAGUUGUUACCAACUGCUUCAAAGGAAGUCUUCAGUGUCAAGUUCUGAUCAUCGUAUGUUUUUGGACAUUUUGUAACAUAGAUGAGUAUUUACCUAAUCACUGAAAUCUCAAACCUAUAUAUAUCUCAGGCUUAUAUUUAUCCCAGGGACCAUAAGAAUGUCCAUGUAAAAUUUCAGUACAAUCUGUUGAAUAGUUUACACAUGAAAGCAAAACAAACAAACAUAGGCAGUUAUAAUAUUAUUAGGAUAUUCAUUAUAUAGAAUUAAAA